AUGGCGUCAACGAUUCUUGCUGAUAUUGUUGACCCCCUUAAUCCAGUUAAUGUUCAUAUCCCUCUUUCGUUGUUUGAUAUUUCUUCUACGCAUCCUGAGGCAUCCUCUCAAUGUUCUUUAAAAUCCUCUUUAUUACAGGAUCAAGAAGAAUUUCUCUCGUAUUCCCAACCUCGCUUUUUUAAUUCCGAUGAUAGCCGUCAUUCCGACUCCAUGGGUUCUGGUUCGAGAAAAUCAAGAAGAAAAUCUUCUGCUACUUCGUUAACUCGAUUAAAAGUUGAUAAUUCUUUCCUAAAAAAUCAAAAUAUUAAACUUUUAUUAGAACUCGAACAUUCUAGAUUAACUAUUCAAGCUUUAAAAAAUAUUGUUAAUCAAAAAGAGUCUACUUUACAAAGUUAUCGUAAUGAAAAUCAAAAGGCUAUACUAAAAAUUAGAGUUUUAGAGGCUUUGAUAUUUAGUAAACAUGCCAAGGACGGAAGUAUAAUCGUUAGGAGUAGUGGCGGUGGCAGUGUAAACGAAAACGGGUUAUCCACCAAUGAUAAGAAACUUGAUAUUAAGGUUGAUAAGGUUGAUAAUGUUGAUAAGGUUUUAAACGAUGAUACUAUUCAUACAAAUCUUACAAAUCUUGUUGAUAAUUCUCUUCAACCGGCUUCUUAUCAAGAUAAAUUAUCUAUCAAAAAAUCUAAAGAAAAAUUACCUAAAAAGGAUUCUUCGCCGAAAUCCACUAAAAAUUCUUCUCCCCCACCUCGUUCUAAUAAUAAUUCCCCUCCUCAAUCUACUAAAAAUCCUCAAUCUAUUCAAUCUAUUAAAAAUUCCUCUCCUUCUCCUCAACAAUCUUCUCAAUCCUCUUCAAUAUUCCGUCCUCAAUCUAUUUUAUCUUCUAUACUUCCUUCUCAAUCUAAUGAUUCUUCAAAAAAAAUUAAGCAUCAAAGACGUUGGUCUAUGGAUUUUGGUCCACGUAGUCAUUUGACUUUAUCUUCUUCUCCACAUUCCUCACGUCGUCUCCAUUCUGUAUCUCCAACUUCUUCAUCUACCGUUUAUGCUGAUAGUACAGCAAAUGAUCCAAAAUCUCGUGGUAUGCCACGUUUAAUCAAAUUUAAAACUGGGGAUAUAAUUCAAACUUUAGCAUCAUGUCGUCCUGCUAGUACCAAAAAUGGUUAUGAUUUUUCACCACCAAGUACUCCAAUUCCAUUUGAUAAGAAUGAAUUAAGUGAUGGUGAUAAUAAUGAUGAGGAAUCAGAUGUGGAUGAGAUUUGUGAGAAUACAGAUGGAAAUAGUAUUGAAGAAAAAAGACAAAGAAAAUUGGGACAAGGAUUACUAAGUAAAAUAUUUUCUUCAACAUCCUUUCCAUCUUCGAUAUCAAUGACACCGGCAGCUCGCGGUUCAUUAAGCCGUUGA